CGCCAUCUUGGCUCCAUCCGACGCGGGUUUCUGUAUCGUAGGGGGGCCUGAGGAAGUGGCGGCUCCUCGGGGCCACUGAUUGGCCGCCAUGGCCCUUUUCCCUGCGUUUGCGGGCGCUGCUAAGCCCGGGGAGGCUCCAACGGGCGAGAGCGGGGGCUCCAAGAGAGAAUUCAACUGGCUAACCAACCCAAGUUUCUCCAGUGAAGAUGCACUAAGAUUGCAUCAACAUGUUUUAGAAGUAACAGAUCCUGAUGCGGAGAAAUUAUCAGUCCAAAGAACAACGUCCAGUUUAGAGCCACCAGCAGAAAGUGAAGCUUGUGAAAGUUCUGAAAAAACAGCUAAGAAAAGGAAGAAAAAGAAAAAACGAGAACACAAAAAAGUAAAAAAGAGAAAAAGAAGCAGGGAUCAGAGAACCAGUGAUUCAGAAUCAGACAUUGAGGAUGUGAAAGAUAAAAAUAAUGAAAAAAGAGGAGCAGAAUUGAACCUGGGGGACAAAACUGCAAGUGUGCUCUGCAGCUCUAUUUGGCUGGAUGAUAUUCAGGGUUUGGGUACAGAAUUAUUCAGAACAGAUAAGAAACCAGAUCCUGCCAAUUGGCAAUACAAGUCACUGUACCGAGGGAACAUUGCAAGAUACAAGAGGAGAAGUAACCUCUGCCUUGGCAUUGAUCUGAAGAGACAACAUAUAAUUUGGGAGAGCUCAGCAACAGAGAAAAAGUCCUCUUGUAAGAGGACAGAGCGUUACUUCACGAAAGGUGGCCUCAAGCUCCUGAAGGUGGAUGGCAUUCCUAUCACUAGUCAAAGUCAAAACUCUACUCCUGGUUCAGCUACUUGGAUACCAGUUUUGCAAAGGGACACAGAUGAUAUUCCUACUACAAGCUAUGUGAAUCCUCUUGGGAUCUAUGAUCCGCUGACCACUUUAUGGCUACAAGGAAAAGGCCCGCCUGAGGAUGACUCACUAAAGCAGCAGGAAAAUCAAGAAAAGUCUGAGAGUGGAACUUCUCACAUAAUGACAAAACUGGAAGAGCACAACAGGAUGGUUAGAGAAAAUCCCAGAGAUGUCAAAGCAUGGAUGGAUUUCGUUUCGUUUCAGGAUGAACUCAUGAGAGGUCCCAGCUGUUUUACAAUGAGUGAAGGAGAACGGGAGACAAGAAAGAAGUCACUCAAACUAGUCCUGGAGAAGAAGCUUGCAAUUCUGGAGAGAGCCAUUGAAAACAACCCAAACAGUGUUGACCUGAAACUGGCCAGGUUGAAGCUUUGCAUGGAAUUUUGGGAGCCUUCAGCUGUGAUAAAAGAAUGGCAGAAAUUGGUUUUCUUGCACCCGAACGACCCACUGCUGUGGCAGAAAUAUCUCUUGUUCUGCCAGAGUCAGUUCAGCACCUUUGUGGUUUCAAAGGUUCAUAGUUUGUACGGCAAAUGCCUGAGCACUUUGUCGGCGGUCCAAGAUGGCAGUAUGGUGUCACACCCAGCAUUGCCAGGCACAGAGGAAGCCAUGCUAGCUAUCUUUCUCCAGCAGUGCCAUUUUCUUAGGCAAGCUGGCCAUUCAGAGAAAGCAGUAGCUUUGUUCCAGGCCCUGAUUGACUUUACAUUUUUUAAGCCAGAUAGUGUCAAGGAGUUGCUGACAAGGGGACAGGUGGAGUUCUUUGAACCAUUUUGGGACAGUGGUGAGGCUCGUAUUGGAGAAAAGGGAGCAAAAGUUUGGAGGGCCUGGAUGCAUCAGCAAGAAAAGGGUGGCUGGAUUGUUCUCAACCCACCUGAUGAAGAUGAGGAAGAUGCAGAGGAGGAAGAAGAAAUACAGAACAAAUCUUUACCCAAGUGGCAAAAUUGGCUUCAUAUUGAACGUUCUCGUGAAGCAAGGCACUGGUUGCCAUGGCGGCCUGACAAAACCAAGAAAGAAACAGUAGACGAUUGUGAAGAUCCAGAGAGACAGGUCCUCUUUGAUGACCUUGGUCCAUCUUUGAUAAAGAUUUCCAACCCAGAUCUCCACUUUCAACUACUUUGCUCAUUUUUGCAAUUCUUAGGAGUCCCUUGUAGCAAUAGCCUCCUUCCUUCUUUCCUCUACUUAGCGCUGGAUGAAAACAGCAUAUUUGACAAAGGACAGAACAGCCAAGGACCUCUGACUUCAUUUGACUUGCCACUUUUGGGGGUCAGUUGCAUUGGUCAGAUGGACUCAGUGGCUCAAGGCAGAAACCACGUGGGCCACCCUAAGGAAGGGGAGGAGUUCAUACAGAAUUUCUUUCAUAUGAUGCUGCCUCUAUUUUCAGGGAAGAAGAGAUCUGACCUGUCUGUUUUUUGGCUUCAGUAUGAAUUUUGUAAGGUCAUCUGGUGUUUGAAAACCAGAAACAAAAAGAAACUAAAAUUGCAAGGCAAGAAAAGUAAGAAAUUAGCCAAGAAUCUCCUGAAAGCACCCGACAACAGAAACAACAUUUCUCUUUGGCAACUGUAUGCCCACUUGGAGUGGCUCCUUGGCAAUACAGAAGAGGCCAGAAAGGUUUUUGAUAUGGCCCUGAGCAUGGCAGGAGAGGCUGGAGUCAGGACUCUCCAGGUGUGUAAGCUUGGUCUGCUUUACGCUGAACUGGAAACAGAGUUGCUUGGCGCUCCUGAAGGAAGCCUUGAGUGCCGUGCAGUCCAUAUAUUAACCAGUCUGGUGGAAAAGAGCCCUUAUGUACCUUACACUGGGCAGGUACUAUCCGUGAACAUUUUGAAAGCUCGGAAGACAUACCAGCACUUGCUCCAGGAGUACCUAAGCGAAGGCUCAGUCUCUGAACAAGAGCAGACCAGCUUUUCCAGUCACUUGGCUGGCGUGGUUGGCUGUUACUCCCUUUUCCAGUAUUUAACUCUUGGGAUUGAUGCUGCUGUGUCGAUAUACAGAGAGGUGCAUGAAAAGCUCAAGGGCAAGAAGCCUAGUGAAGGGCUCAGUAGUCAAAAUUUCACUCCGGCUCUUGAAUCCGUCACAUUGAUGCAUGUGAGUUUGCUCAGAUACCACAUGAAAACGACCGUCUAUCCUUUGCAUCCCUUGCGUGAAGCUCUGUUGGAGGCUUUGAAGAUGUAUCCUAGCAACCAGCAUCUCUGGAGGGCAUACGUUCAGAUCCAGAGCAAAACUCACAAUGCCAGUAAAGCGCGGCGGUUUUUUGACAGCAUCACGCGGACGACGAAGUCACUGGAGCCCUGGCUGUUUGCCAUCCAAGUCGAGCAGAUGAGAAAAAAGCUUGUUGACAGCGUCCAGAGGGGGGCCAACGGAGAUGUCCAUGCAACUAUCCCUGAAACUGGUCUAACCAACCGAAUCAAAGCUUUGUUUGAACAUGCAAUUGAGACUGAAAAUGGGGCCCACUGCCCAUUACUUUGGAGGCUCUAUAUAGACUUUAUGGUUUCUUUGGGUGAUAAAGAAAAAAGUAAAGGACUGUUUUAUCGAGCGCUUCAAAACUGUCCCUGGGCAAAGGUACUAUAUAUGGAUGCAAUCGAGUAUUUUCCAGAUGAGCUCCAAGAGACACUUGAUCUGAUGGCUGAGAAAGAGUUGAGAGUACGGCUCCCAAUAGAAGAACUGGAGUUGCUGCUUGAAGACUGAAGAACACCCUGAAGAUGUAAAAUUGGACAUUUGGCCCAGUCUUCAGUAUAUCUGGUUUAGGAUAUUUUACAUGUUUGAUGGACAAGAAAUUGUGCUUCUUUUGGUCUUCAUCAAAGUAUAUGUAAUCAUAGAAUAAUGACUAUGAAUCCAUUAAGGACAAAGUUGCAGAUGGCGCUGAGUAUAUUGAAUUAAUUUUGAAAGCGGGCUCUUUCAGCAGUAUAAUAUACUAUGACCAAAAAUACAAGAGACAUAGUCAGAUAAAACCAGCAAAAUCAGUUGCGUCCAAAGAACAAGCAUUUUUCUGACUUCACGUCUUCACAGGUGGAAAUUCACCAAUGAUCAACAUGCCCUUACAUUUUACCAGUUGCUCUAGACCAGUCUGAAAUAAGUCCUAAUUUCACAGUUUACAAUAUACAUAUUCUAGCAAGGAACUUUGCAGAAGGAUUGUUAACCCGUAUUUCACAACUAAGGGAUGUUGUAAUCUGUACAUUUGUUUAUAAAUAUUGCUAAAUAUUUUUAAA